GGCCGGUUGCACAAAAGUUAUGGUGAUAAAAGUAUGUUAGUUUAUCUUUUUAUGUUAAAGUCCCUAACUUAGCGUUAGCUAACAUAACGCUAAAAUUGAGUUUCACAAAUCAAUGUUAGGCCCAAUGUUAACUAACGCUACUUUUAAGUAAAUCAAUGUUAGUUGCUAGGGACAUUUCCCAUAAUGCAUUUGGUCCUCAUAUUGAAAGCAAGACAUGCAAGAUGGCUGCCUCCAUAGAGAAUCAUUCAUCUCAAAAGACAAAAAGGGAGAGAAAACCAAAUUUUUCACACUCAGAAGCCGAAGUUUUAGCCGAUGUUGUCAUAAAUGAACUUGGGAUCUUGCGAUCCAAGUUUUCGUCAGAUGUGACAAACAAAAUGAAAAAAAACAAAUGGGAUGAAAUUGCCCUAAUGGUUAGUUCCUUGGGAGUGGCCACAAGGACCGGGGAUAACUGCAGGGAAAAAUGGAACCAGCAGCUUUCAAAGGCGAAAGAGAUCCAUUCCCUGCAGCAAAAACACCAGAGAGGGACUGGCGGAGGGGGAAAGAUGCCACAGGCCGACCCUACACUGCAGAGAAUAAUAGAAACAUUCGAAAAAGACGCAGCAUUCAGAGGCAUCACUGGUGGAUUUGAGUCUGCAGUAACCACACCUAUAAAGGCUACAGCAGCAGUCUCCCUCCCUGCUACAUUACCUGAUCUGGCUGGUUGGACUCCUGUAAAUCAAGCUGCAGAUGUUGAUGUCGACUGCUCAGAUGCAGUGGUUGUGGCAACCUUUGAUCGUCAACCACACGAAACACACAUAGAGGGAGCCACAAUAAUUCUUGAUUCUCAACAGACGAUGACAGCCACUGCAAUGACUGCCCCAAAAUCUCCAGCCAAAAAGAAGGCCAAACUGUGCAAAAUCACUGGUGAGUAGUUGGGACUCUAGAAUGGCGAAAGCCUUUCUUGAUUUUAAGCAGUCCCUACAUGAAUCAAUCAAAUGUGCUAAAAUGAGCUCUGGCC